AUGAAAGUGGCUCUUCAAACCAUCAUCUGCGGGUGUGUUCUAGCCACAGUUCUACCUCUGGUGAAAGGCACCAAAGCUGGCCUCAACUCCAACAUGAAAAAGAGGUAAACUGAUUGAUGAACAGUGGCCACCGUCUAAUUCAAUAGAGUGUACAGGAUUAUUGGAUAGGGUGUGUGCUCUGUCUUUAAUAUGUCUAGUGAGAAGUGGGUUAGUUCUGCAUUAACCAUGCCUUCUCGUCUGUGGUAGAUUUAGAGGCUGGCUACAGAGCCGCACGAGAGCAGAUCUCCACAGCAGCUCUGCCGUAGACUCAGGGAUCCUCAGUGGACCAGUGCAGAGAGAGGAGACAGACCCCUCUGUAUUUCAUUCCAGGUAAUCAGUGUUAUUUCAAUAAUGGUUACUGUCGAUUUCUUUUUGUUUUACUGCUAUAAAUAUGUCACAUUUGACUGGUUUUUGGUCAAGCCCAUUUACAUUUCAGUUGAUCUUUAGAAAUCUUAAUAAAUCUCAGAUUUUUCUUGUCUCAUCUCCUUUGAUCUCUUUCUCUUUCAGGUCCAGAAGAUCCAUUGUGAUCUCAGUGAAAAGACCUGGCUGCUCUCUGGGCACAUGCACCCUGCAUGAACUGGUCCAUCGGCUGCACAUCCUCAACAACAGGUUAAAGGACAACAGAGCCCCGGAGGAUAAGAUCAGCUCGCAGGGUUACGGUCGCCGCCGCCGCAGGUCUCCACGGUCGCUCCCACAGCGCUAUAAUUUUCUAACUCUCCCAGCAGGGAGAGUGAGAUUGGGAUGGAGCAUCGAGUGCAGCCAAGGACUCCAUCUACAGGCCACCCUGCUCAGACAAACUUGA